CAGAGCUGAGAUUCUGCCUCUACGAGGGGCACGUCAUAUCUAGACACCAAUGAAGGAGACUUAAUACAGUUUUAUAUAGUUAGGUAAGUUUAUUAGUUUAUUAACUAGUGAUUAUGCUAGACUGCGCUUAGUGGCGCGGCGUUGCAUUACCUAUACGCCGUAUUCCUGUAAGUAAUGCGAUUGGUCGAUUGUCGUCUAUGAGGCUAGGAUUGCUUCACAUUCAAGAAAUACAAAGCAGGUAAGGCAUAUUAUUUCUAUAUUUCUACCCAAGAGAUAGCAAUAUAUAUAUAAGAAGACAUCAUGGACUUCUAUCAAGGCCGUAUAUAUCCUGCAUUCUGCAUUCAACGUGGGCGGAUCAAUAGGGGAAAACAACAGCAGUUGAUCAUCGAGUUAUAUUAUACUUCAUCACACCUAGGCACUUACUUAAUAUUUACCUAAACGAGGACGUACCGCUAGCAAGCAUGGAGGACGGGAAAUAUGUCGAAGGCAGCUUCUAUAUAUACGCUCCAAACAAGGGAGCGCCGGUGUUCUUCGCCGUCGCUUUUCUAGCUACCGGUGGUGUUCACCUUUGGCAAGCAAUUCAUUAUAAGAGCUGGAGGCUCACUGGGUUAUAUAUUGUAUGCUCGCUUCUAUUCGCCUCGGGUUUCAUUGUGAGGGAGCUGGGAGCUUUCGAGUAUACGAACCUCGUCUUAUAUAUUGUUAGCCAAUGUCUCAUUUACUUUGCGCCGCCGUUAUACGAACUCUGCAACUAUUACAUCCUCGGCCGUAUACUUUACUUCGUUCCCUAUUACUCUCCGAUUCACCCUGGACGAGUACUGACGACCUUCGCCGCUAUCUCUAUUGUUGUCGAGGCACUGAACGGCAACGGUAUUGCCUAUAUAGCUAAUAAGUCAUUACCAGAGAAACAGCAGCGGACAGGCGAGUCGCUACUGAAAGCCUCGUUGGUAUUGCAGCUUGUAGUUGUGUCGCUUUUCGUUGUGCUCGCCGGUGCAUUCCAAACGAGGUGCCGACGAAACGGUAUCAAUCACGUCAAAGUAAACCAAGCACUCCUAACUCUUUAUAUCAGCACAGCCAUCAUUAUGGUCAGGUGCAUAUAUAGAACAGUCGAGUACUUCGGUGCUACUAACGUCGACUAUUCGGAUCCGAACUUCGACUUCUCGGCCUUAAGCCCGAUUGUUCGCUACGAGUGGUUCUUCUACGUGUUCGAAGCAACGCUUAUGUUAUGUAAUAGCGUGUUGUUGAACGUCCGCCAUCCGCGCCGCUGGUUGCCAAGUUCCACCAAAGUCUACCUCGCUAAGGAUAACGUGACGGAGAUCAUGGGGCCAGGAUAUAAGCAGGAAAGGAACGUUUUGGCCACCAUCGUCGAUCCUUUCGAUAUCUACGGCAUGAUCAAAGGCAGAGAUCAAGCAACGCGCUUUUGGGAUGACAAUGAACUCGAAGGGAGAAAGGCCGAUGUUGAUCCAAUGCUAUCGACCGCCGAGAGACAGACUGACAGAACUGUCCGAAAAUAGAACGAUUUGAAUUUGAAGUUUAUGGGGUUUGGGAUGCUUCUGGGAUGCUUCUGGAUAUAUCCACAUGAUUUAGGUAGUUUAGACGGCGCAAUCAAUUGUGUCAAAGAAUAGCAACAAGCUUCUGGAAAACUUUAUUGAAUUUCCAUUUGGCUAUUAUUUGGUAGGGGUUCCGAGUAAGGGGGAUUGUUGUAAGUUUGGAUCCAUCGGGAAAUAGAGCCACAUGAGGCCGCGCAGUAGGUAAAACUCUAGUAAUUAGCAUACCUACACUUACAUAGGAAGGCACUUUUGUGCGCUUUUGUUUCCGGUCUAUUCGAA